AUGCACACUUUUCCUGCGGCAAAGCUUGUCGGCCACGACUUCCUUGGCAACCACAUUGGUGAACUCCUCUUCCGUCAGCCUGUCAGCAAAGCUUCCGCAACAGACCGUACCAAAGGUUCGUCAAAUGGAAGCACCGUUUGCCCUUCAGAACAUAGAACCGUAAGACGCGGUUCCGUUGCACUACAGAACCCUGAUCUGAUUGCGCUAUGCACUGGGGCGCUGGUUGACGCCAAGGAUGCACAACCGCAGCUCCACCCCUCCCUAGGCGUAGGCAUCGAGAGCUCGUCCCAGCCUCCCACCCACCGCGUCUCCUCUCCUGACCAAAGCAGCGGGAGCUCCUUGUCGGAACCCGACUCGGUCGAGAGCAGAUCCGGGAGCGCGGACGCAGACGUGACUCUUCAUCUCAGCCAGCUUUCUCUCGCCCGCAGAAGAAUCGCAUCGGAAGGGGUCCCCACAUCACCGCGGAUUAGCUUUGUCACCAAUUUUGGUGCCAAAACACGCAGCUCUGGCAGCCAACGUGCUCCGUCCGAGGCAGGUUCCUCGAGCUAUUUCGGCCUCAGUAGCAACCUGAGCGUGCCCAGCAUGUCUCCCAUGGAAUUUCCUGGCGCCAUCAACUGGAACAUUCCGUUCCGCGAACAGAAUCAGUUUUUCGCCAAUGCCAUCGAGCAGAAUGCCUUGCUCAACCGCAAGUCCUCUCAGCAAAGCCAGUCCUCGGAUGCAGCCUCUUCGCAGCCCUCCAAGCGCAUCGCUUGUGGGCAAAGCGAUUCACCCGAAAUGGCAACACCGACGACCUCCGCCGAGUCAGUGGUGGUCAGUGAAAAGAGUCACUCCUUCUCGCAACCAGAUCGGCCCGUUCGACAACGUUUUACACGAGCUGCCACCGAGUCAUCCUUGAAGCCUAUCGUGCAGAGCCAGCAAACGCAGCAUCCACAAUCGCCCAAUGAACCAACCAACCUCUCGAAAACCGGCCUGGCCCCUUCCAAGAGCAUGGGAUCUGCCUCUUCUGGCUUGCUUGUGCACCGUAAAAAGCCAUCACUGGUGCCUAAAGGCGAUGACGAGCGCACUUUUUGCUUUGUGGACAAUGGUCACACCGGAGCAGCUCAACCUGUGGUACCACUCGCCGAGGAUCCAUUGCCAGCGAGCACACUGCUGGCAUCGGUUCCAGAGCGCUCUGUAUCUCAGUCAUCCUCAAUGUUGUCUUCAAAAACGUCGUACAGAGAAAUCGUCCAAGGACAAUACGCUGCUGCGCUGAGCGCUGGCAGUGGAAGCUCGCGACUCGCCGCUUCAGCCUCUGCUAAGACCAAGCCGAUCGCAAAGCCUCGCAACAGAAUGUCAGCGCUAGGAGAUGUGAAUGUGAGCAGCACGACGUUGUCCUCAUCGCAUGCGACCGCCAAGAGCCAAAAUUCUGCACAGAUUUCUCUGCUUUCUCUCAAGCCUCCUGUUUCAACAGCGCAGAAUGGCUCAUCGAGGCCCAAGCGAAGGCUCCGAAUUCAGCCCAACGUGCAGUCCAGGCCAAGUCUGUUGGAGAAGACUAUGGAGCAGCAAAAACAAGCGAGACAGAUAGCGAUUGCCGCCAACGCAAAAAAUGAUGCUGCCGAGGAUGAAAGUCCGGCUGCAACCGCGAGCGUCAACGAGCGAUACAAACCUAUCGUCUACGGCACUGAACAGCGCAUCUUCCGCAUCCAAUCAGGAGCUUCGACGACGGAUGGCGUCGGGUUUCCAUUUACGGUCAUGUCGGGCGACGUUCGAGACAAAGCUAGCGAGUCAACGGAGCCUGCGGCCAGUCAUGCGCGCACCAGCGACUGGGCUCGCGAACAGAGCAUGUGGACGAGCUCACCUGCGGCUGGCGGCGAGAUCGAGUCUUCGUGCAACGCGCUGUUGACGCUUGGCGGCUCUGUGAGCAUGGCGAACGGUCAUGCGGCUCAACGUUUGUUAUGCCACCACACGGCUAGUCACAGUUCGUCGUCAACCGAGAGUGCGAGUACCAACGAACUGCUCAGUCCGCCUGAAACGGCGAUCUCGACGCCCGAACUUGAGUCGGCCCACGAGCGCGAGCCAAUGCUUAGCCACCAGCUCGCCCUUGGCCCCCUCAAGCCACUCCCAGCUCGUCGUUCUUCCCCACUCAGUGCCUAG